AGGGAGGGGCCUGGCCGGGAGUGGGGCGACCGGUGACACUGGGCACAGGCAGCUGGGUGCACAGUGGCAGCCGCGCUCCAGCCGGUCGGCAGGGUCGCGCUGGGGUCCUGCUCCGAAGCAGCCGCCGGGGGCGAGGCAGGGCGGCGAAGGCGGCGCUGCAGUGCCCGCAGCUGCGGGUUGGGGGAGCUGUGCACUCCUGUCCCCAAGGCUCGGACAGGGGACUGGGCAGUUGGGUCGCCGCGCCUCUAGCGGAGCCGUACUCCGCGGCCAAGUGUGCCGGGAGCCGGCUGCGGCCCUGCAUCCUCAGAGUGCCGGGCCCAGGAGGGCCCGGGAGAAGCCCAGUCCCUCCGGCUAGGACAGCCGGGCCGCUCUGGCACGCCCCCCGGGGGGUGUCCCUGGCGGCUGGGCCCGCCCAGGUAACCCCAUCCUCGGCCCGCCCCCAGCCCGCCCCCCCCCACCCCACCCCCGGCCACCCGCCGGCCCGCCUCCGCCGCCGCGGCCGCCGCAUCCCUGCUCUGGGGCGGCGCUGACAGUCUGAUCCGCGCCGGGCAGCGGGCGCACAGCGGGCAGGGCUGCGGGCAGGGCUGCGGGUAGGCACAGAGCAGAGCCUCGCCGCUCGCCCCGCCCGCGCCUGGCGCCCCCGUGAGGCGCCCACCUGCCGCCCAGACGGGAGGCCCCCAGUGCCCGCAACCGCUGCCCGGGGCCGGGCGCCCGCGGCGGUGCCAUGAGUCCCCGCUCGUGCCUGCGUUCGCUGCGCCUUCUCGUCUUCGCCGUCUUCUCUGCCGCCGCGAGCAACUGGCUGUACCUGGCCAAGUUGUCCUCAGUGGGGAGCAUCUCAGAAGAGGAGACCUGUGAGAAACUCAAGGGCCUUAUCCAGAGGCAGGUGCAGAUGUGCAAGCGGAACCUGGAGGUGAUGGACUCAGUGCGCCGCGGCGCCCAGCUGGCCAUAGAGGAAUGCCAGUACCAGUUCCGGAACCGGCGCUGGAACUGCUCCACACUCGACUCCCUGCCUGUCUUCGGCAAGGUGGUGACACAAGGGACUCGGGAGGCGGCCUUUGUGUACGCCAUCUCUUCGGCAGGUGUGGCCUUUGCAGUGACACGGGCAUGCAGCAGUGGGGAGCUGGAAAAGUGCGGCUGUGAUCGGACAGUUCAUGGGGUCAGCCCACAGGGCUUCCAGUGGUCAGGAUGCUCGGACAACAUUGCCUACGGCGUGGCCUUCUCCCAGUCAUUUGUGGAUGUGCGGGAGAGGAGCAAAGGGGCUUCAUCCAGCCGGGCCCUCAUGAACCUGCACAACAACGAGGCUGGCAGGAAGGCUAUCCUGACACAUAUGCGGGUAGAGUGCAAGUGCCAUGGGGUGUCAGGCUCCUGCGAGGUGAAGACAUGCUGGCGGGCUGUGCCACCCUUCCGUCAAGUGGGCCAUGCUCUGAAGGAGAAGUUUGAUGGUGCCACUGAGGUGGAGCCACGCCGUGUGGGCUCAUCCAGGGCACUGGUACCACGCAAUGCACAGUUCAAGCCCCACACGGAUGAGGACCUGGUAUACUUGGAGCCCAGCCCUGACUUCUGUGAGCAGGACAUGCGCAGUGGUGUGCUGGGCACCAGAGGCCGCAUGUGUAAUAAGACGUCCAAGGCCAUUGAUGGAUGUGAGCUGUUGUGCUGUGGCCGCGGCUUCCACACAGCGCAGGUGGAGCUGGCUGAACGCUGCAGCUGCAAAUUCCACUGGUGCUGUUUCGUCAAGUGUCGGCAGUGCCAGCGACUGGUGGAGCUGCACACAUGCCGGUGACCACCCACCAUCUGUGCCCAUCAACUACCCAGUGGCCAAGGGAAGGCCAAUAAUUUAACAGUUCACCACCACCUUCCCCAAAAGAUACUGUUUGUAGUUUUGGUUUUGGUUUGGUUUUUAGGUCCUUACAUUAUUUAUUGCCGAAACCAGGCAGGCAGCCCCAAAGGCAUCGACCAGGGCCUCCCGGGAGCCUGGACCUCUGGGGCUGCCACUGACCAAAAGGACCUUGUUCGUUUCUCUGGCUAUGUGUGUGGCCGCAGCUGACCACUCAGCUGUUAUCUGCCUGCCUUUCUACUUGCAGAUCUCAGGUGGAUAGUAAGGAGUGUUACAUCCUACUGACUGACACCUGGGGGAAGAAGGAUAGUGCCAUCUCGAUGGGAAUUGUACCCCCCACAUGUACACACACACACACACACACACACACACACACACACACACACACACCCAGCAGGGGGAUGGAAAGAUGCCAGGUGAAAGGAAAAGGGCUCUUCUCAGCCCUUCACGAGCAGCCGUAGGCUCUUCUCUGUGGGACCUUGUAGGUAGGAAAAGCAGGUCAGGGCAGGGCUACAGAGAGAAGGCUAUGUAUGUCCCAACUCAGAGCCCUCUCCGCUGCACCCUCAUAGGGAAAACCUCAGCAUGCUCACCCCUCCCCCACAGGAGGACAGGCUGCCACCCUGGAGCAGAGUCACCUCCUCAGUGUGCUCCUGAGAAACUGAGAGUAGAGCUCUCUUAAAGGAGUAAAUGCAACAUUUCAGGGCCUGUGUGUGGCGUCUCACUUGAUAAUCAUAAAAUUCUCAGGUGGAGGGGGCAAGACAGAGAUGCUUACAAAGCCCAUUUACAGCAAAGGGAAAAACUCAGUUGGGCCUUGCAGCCAUGUAGAUGGAGAGGCAGAGGCAGCAUAGCACUCCCUAGCACCUGUACCCUAAAGCUCCAGAAUCUGCAUGUCUCCUUGGGUGUGAGCCUUGAGGAAGGGGCUUUGGCUGCAAGAAGAGGGAUGGGGAAGCAGCAAGAAGCCAUAGGCCACAGGAUAAGUAGAACCCACAUGUUACUGAGGAAAGAGAUCAGCUGGGAGGCUGACAACAGCGCAGUCUCAGUAGUGGAGGCACCCUUCUCCCAGGUGCCAGGGAGAGCAGCAGCAGCCAGGACCUGGUUCAGUCCCUUCUAUGAGCGGAACGCAGGUAUACCUAGACCUGGCUAGACCCAACUGCAUCUCAGGUGGGCUCCCAGCCACCAGAACUCACUGUCAGAACUCCACACUGCCUCUGCAUUGGGGUUCUAGCUUCCAAAUUUGAGGACUUAGUGUCUGCGAUGCCCAUUGGAGGCUCUUCAGACCCCCAAGUCCUUGUGUCCAGGGUUCAGUGUGUGAAUUUAAAAUCCUAGUUUCUGAACACAGGCAGGCUCCAGUCUAUAUGAACUCGUCCAGGCCUUGUGGAGCAUGCAUCCUGGUGCUGGCUCCCUCACAGAGAGGGUUAAGACAGUUGGUCUCCAGCCAACCUCUCUGCUCAAUGUCCAUUCAAGGAGGCAAAAACUAAGUGGGAUGCUGGAGUCAUAUUUGAAUGUGGGGAGAAACUUGAGGUAGGCUGGCUCUGAUGUGCAUGAAAGCUGAGCCGACUAAGUGUCCCCACAGAUGGGCCCAUUGCUCCUCCAGCAGGCACUGACCAGUUCUCUGUCCAAUGCCAGGGAAAAUACUACCCCUCAUUGGGAGAGGCCAGGACUGGACAGAGGGCACCCUGGAGACCUCACCCCCAUCAGAGACAGGACUGAGUCACUAUUCCCCUCCCCCAAGUUCUGUCCCAGAGGCAGAAAAUAGAUCCUGGAUGGAUGCUGGUUUUGGAUGGGCAUAUACACCCUCCUUUAGACACAAAGGAGGGUCUAUGCCAGGGUGUAAGCUUCUCUUUCUACCAGCAGGCUCCUCAAAGCUGAGCUGGGGGGGGUAGGGGGUGAUUCUGAAGGUAAAAACUGACUCGAUUCUAGGACUCUGCCCUACCCUACAAGCACUACAACCAGAACCCCAAAGGGAUCCAUAGCCACAGGAAAAAUAGAAUUUCUUAGAAUGUCCCUGGUUCAGUGUGUCCCAAGCAAAUAGAAAAACUAGCAUGGGUGUGACAUAGCCCAAUCACUCUGGAAAUUGGCCAGAGGGACCAAGUCUUGACAGCAACCCUCUCCACUGGUUUUAUCUCACAGCAAAGGUGAUAUUUCCCUGAGGCUUAGGGCUUGAAGAGCCCCAGCUCUGGAUGCUGCUACUCCUCUGCUUUCCCCACCCCGACCCCCACCUUCCCAUCCUACCCUUCAAUUUUAUUCUAGGCUCCUUGCCUUUGUAACAUCCCAUAAAAUAGUCUGAUGCACGAUAAAAUGAUUAUUUCUUUAAUCUUUCAA